AUGUCUGUGGGGAUCGAGGUGGUUUACCGCCUGCAGAUGGUGGGGAUCGACAUGGUUUACCGCUCACCAGGUGAGGAUCGUGGUACUGUGCCGCUCACUAGUUUUCAAGAAGACGAUGCCCAGGUUAGCUACCAAACAUGUUGGCUUGGCUGUAUAACCGACAGAUGGGACUCAUCUGCCAUAGGGAACCAGACGGUGACUGGUGGACGCGAUCGCGGGCGAGACAGAGGUAGAAUAGGUACUGCAGACCCUGAAACGACGGGAAAUGACCUUGUGAAUUUUAUGGCUACCUUGGAAAAUAUGGUUGCGGCUAUGCAGGUGACAGCCGAAGCGCUAGGGAAUCAAGCUGAAAGUGGGAACGAUGCUAAUGGGGAUAACGGACCAAUGACGGUUGUAAUGUUUCUGAAGAUACAUCCACCAAUCUUUGGAGGAACCACGAACCCCACUAAGGCCGACAACUGGUUUCAAGCGAUUGAGCGGGCUUUACAAGCACAGCAAGUCCCUGAAGAUAAAUGUGUUGAGUUUGCAACUUAUCUGUUAGCGGGUGAAGCCCAAACAGCUAAGAAGCUUGAACUGCUGCAAUUGAAACAGGAUCAGAUGUCGGUCGCUAAAUACAUGAACAAGUUAGAGGAACUGUGCCGAUUCUCUAGGAUUCGUCAGGGAACUCCAGGAGACUUUGAGGAGUGGAAGUGCAUCAAAUAUGAAGGAGGACUUCGGAGUGAUAUAUUGAGUUCUGUGGGCUUGAUGAAAAUCAGAAUUUUCUCAGACUUGGUAAACAAGAGUAGACUCGUGGAAGAAUGUUUAAAGAAGGCUGCUGUGGCAAGGAGUGAAAGCCGGGAGUUCUGCCGAAGGGUUCACAACCAGAAUUUUGCACCGAGGGGCCAAGAGUUCAAGAGGAGUGGCAGUCGCCAGGCGAGUGAUAAAGAGAAGCAAGUGACGCCUUACCUAGAGGAUGUGAGGUGCCAAAGAUGCAAAAGUUUUCAUCCGAAUAGGCCGUACCGAAAGGGUUUAGGUCUGUGUUAUAGGUGCGAGGCACCGGGUUAUAUCUCCAGAAAUUGCUCCCGUAGAAAGGUUCAGGACGCUGAUCAAUCGUGA